AUUAAAAUAUUUUCAUAUAUUAAAUGAUUUGUGCCCCCUAUUUGGCAUUUCCUUUCUUAGGAAAGUGAGAGCCUUUAGAUCUGAUCAUUAAUAUUAACCAUAACAAAUAAAACUUUACUUUUCUCUCUCAAGAUCGCCUCUGUUUUUCGCUCUGUCGCUCUCUCCAUUUGUCAAUUUCGGAUUUUGAAUCUCCAUCGCUUGAUGCAAUUGGUCAUUUGCUGGAGACUGAGGAAUUGGCAUUACUCAAAAUUGUGUUUCGAUCGGCUCUUUUUGGAUUCGGGUAAAAAGAUACCGCGGUAUAUUUCGGAUUGGUUUGGAUUAGGAGUUGUGUAUAAUUCACUUAUAGGCCAGUUCGAUUUUGGGUGGAAUUAUUGAUCCAUAUUAAGGAAAUUCAGCUUAAUUUUCUUUGGAUUUUCUUGAUACUGAUUCUGGUGGAUUUAUAGUGAACUUGGGUAUUGUACUAUUUUGUUAUCUGUUGCUUGUGAUGGUUGGUGAAAGAUCGAUGCGGGUAGGAGUGUAGAGGAGGUGGUUUCGAUGCUUGUUGGACUUAUCUAGAUUCAUGGUAACAUAUAUAGAAGCUUACAUGUAAUGAUAGGUUAUGGUUUUCACAGUUCUUGGAGAUUUAAGCUAAAGGGAUUGGUUAUCUAGUGGUUUCCCAAGCUUCAAUUGUUUAAAGCUUAGGACAUGAGAAGCCCCUGGCUGAAUAAACUAUCUAUCAUUUUCGGCCCUAGACCACGGGUCAGUUGGUCACGGGUCAGUUGGUUGUUAUUGUGCUUUGUUAGUGUGCUUGCUCUGAUUGCAGUCUUUGGAUCGUCAUCUUCUAAUUCCUUUGACUCUGUAACUUCCACUCCUGGACCUGAGAUUUAUAGUAACUAUAGAAGGCUAAAGGAGCAAGCAGCAGUUGAUUAUUUUGAUCUGAAAACUCUCUCAUUGGGUGCUAGUCGCCAAAGGGAGCUUGGCCUUUGUGGCAAAGAAAGAGAAAAUUAUGUUCCUUGUUACAAUGUGACAGCGAAUUUGUUAUCAGGGUUUAAAGAUGGAGAGGAGUUUGAUCGACAUUGUGAAGUGUCAAGUCAAGGAAAGUGGUGUUUGGUUCGCCCUCCGAAGGAUUAUAAGAUUCCACUCCAUUGGCCUGCUGGUAGGGAUGUGAUAUGGAGUGGAAAUGUCAAGAUAACCAAAGACCAAUUCCUUGCUUCUGGAAGCAUGACAAAGAGAAUGAUGUUGCUAGAAGAGAAUCAAAUUGCUUUUCACUCUGAGGAUGGCUUAAUCUUCAAUGGUGUCAAAGAUUAUUCUCGCCAGAUUGCAGAGAUGAUGGGACUUGGAAGUGACUCUGAAUUUUUUCAAGCCGGUGUGCACACUGUACUUGAUAUUGGUUGUGGAUUUGGAAGUUUUGGGGCUCAUUUAGUUUCACUAAAGUUGAUGGCUCUUUGUAUAGCUGCAUAUGAGGCAACUGGAAGCCAAGUUCAAUUAGCUCUUGAGAGAGGUCUUCCAGCAAUGAUUGGCCAUUUCAUAUCAAAACAACUGCCAUAUCCAUCAUUGUCAUUUGACAUGGUUCAUUGCGCUCAGUGCGGUAUUGUUUGGGACAAAAAAGAGGGGAUGUUUCUUAUAGAAGUAGAUCGGUUGCUUAAGCCUGGAGGUUAUUUUGUUUUAACCUCACCCACAAGUAAGCCACAUGGAAGUGCAACAAAUAUGAAGAAAAGAAACAUGUUAACACCACUGGAACAAUUCACUGAAAAAAUUUGUUGGAGUCUUAUUGCUCAGCAGGAUGAGACUUUCAUCUGGCAGAAAACAGCUGAUGCUCAUUGCUAUUCAUCUCGCAAGCAGAAGGAUGUGCCCCUUUGCAAAGAAGGACAUGAUGCUCCCUAUUAUCAGGCCUUGAUGCCAUGUAUUUCCGGAACUUCCAUCAAACGCUGGAUUCCUAUUCAGAACAGGUCCUCUAGCUCACAUUUGAGCUCUGCAGAGCUUGAAGUUCAUGGAGUCAGUCCAGAAGAUUUCUUUGAAGACUUGCAAGUUUGGAAAUUAGCUUUAAAAAACUAUUGGUCUUUGCUUACACCCUUAAUUUUCUCUGACCAUCCCAAGAGGCCAGGCGAUGAAGAUCCAUUGCCUCCUUUUAAUAUGGUACGCAAUGUGAUGGACAUGAAUGCUCAUUAUGGGGGUUUAAAUGCUGCAUUCCUGGAGGAAAAGAAAUCAGCGUGGGUGAUGAAUGUUGUGCCUAUUCGGGCACGCAAUACUCUUCCUCUCAUUCUUGAACGAGGAUUUCCUGGUGUUUUGCAUGACUGGUGUGAACCCUUCCCAACAUAUCCUCGAACAUAUGACAUGCUUCAUGCAAAUGGGCUCCUCUCACAUCUGACUUCAGAGAAGUGUGGUUUGAUGGACUUAUUUGUAGAGAUGGAUCGAAUUCUGCGUCCUGAGGGUUGGGUUGUGCUCUCUGAUAAAUUAGGAGCUAUAGAGUUGGCACGUGCACAUGCUACACAAGUACGAUGGGAUGCAAGGGUGAUCGACCUUCAGAAUGGUGGUGAUCAGCGACUACUUGUUUGUCAGAAACCAUUUGUGAAGAAAUGAUUGAUCUAGUGCCAGAAGGUCUCAAGACUGUGGAUGUGUAAAAAUUUUUUUGAUCUGAGAAUGAACUAUGGCAGCAUCACAAUGUGAGAUAUGCUCUGGAGUCUCAACAGGUCUGAUAUUAAUGACUGAACGAGGAGCAUGGUGAAGGGCCGUAGAUUAGAAAAGAGGUUUGCUGCAAAAAGUAGCUGCAAUUCUUUUUCUUUUUCCUUUUCCUCUCUUUCUUUUUUUUUUUUUUUUUGUCAAGGCAUUUGUAGCAAUUCAUUCAUCCAUUUUUUUCCUUGUCUAAAUUUUGAGUUUGUCUAUUUCUUUAUUAUUUGAUAUUGAACACCACCUUGUAUUGAACCAUCAUUGCAGUGCAAUGGCCAUGAAAUGUGAUAAUUACAAAUAUAUCAAACAAGCUCUCUCUACCUCUCAUGGAUUUUUGAGGUUUGUGUUCUUAACAUUUUUUUGGCGAAAUGUAUUUACACCACAAAUUUUUCUUUUUGAAGGUUCUUGUCAUGGCUCCACCGCCUCACUGCCCUCUCUUGCUGGUGGCCAUUUUUUUGCCUAUAUCUCUCCAAUAUAUCAGCCAAAUCAAACAGCCCCACUUCCCUUAAUAUCUUGCCCUACUUCUCAAACAUAACUACAACUUCCUCAUUUGAGUAACAGUGCAAAAAUUUAUUGUAAUCAAAUCUAAGCACCUCCAUUCCUCCAUUUUAUUGUGGCAGCCUCUAGUGUCUUCCCAGCCUUAAUCAAACCUCCAACAAAAUUAUAUUGAAAUUCACCAAUGGAUCAUGCCCCCAAAUGAGUCCUUGCAACAACAUAUGCUUGCAUUAUAGGCUCACACCCUCUCUUUAUCAUUUACCUAAACACUUGUUGCUUAACUUGCCUUCCUCAACCUCAAAAGCCCCUUUUUUCUGGUGCAUGAUAAACACUGAUAUCAGGCUUCUCAAUCCCUUUCACAAAACACUAAUAUCAGGCUUCUCAAUCCCUUUCACAAUCAUAUAAGCCUUUAUAAUAUCA